GAACUCCGGGUGAACUGCACGCCACAGCUCAAACAAAACUUUGAAAAGGUUUACCCUUCACUUUCUCGCCGUCUUUAAUCCACUCGCCCCCUACACACACACACACACACAACACGCAACAGUAUACUAUUAUAAUAAACAGAUUUUAUUUUACUUUUUUACUCGAUCAUUGCCACCAUGGAUCUCGACGCCUUCCUCGCCAAGAACAGCAAGAAAGGUUCGAAGAAGGCCGCCAAGCAGAAGGCGAGUGAGGAGGCUGCCCUCGGCGGCUUCGGCCUCGAUGCGGCCGUGGUGAACGCCGCCAAGGCAAAGCCCCUACCCACCACCGCCAACUCAGCGACGCCGACGACGACCACCGCAGGCAGCGGACCAGCCAGCGGUGCCGCGUCCCCCGUGCCGGCCCCGGAGAAAACGGUUGCGGCGCCGGUGGUGAUGGUCAACCUCGCCUCCACGAGCACCGCCCGGCAGGCGAAGACGUGGGACGCCGUGAAGGUCGCGCAGGAGGCGCGGCGACAGGAGGAAGAGGCCGCGGCGGCGGAGGAGCAGGCGAGGGCAGCGGUGGACGCGGCGGAGCGGGCGGCGGAGCGGGCGGCGGCCGGCGAGGACGCGGCAUCGGACGGGGAAGGCGAGGAGGCCGCCGCCGAAGCGAAGCCGGCGAAGUUCGUUGCCCGCGGCCACCGCAACGCGACGGGUACGCUGCACGACCCAACGGCGUCCAGCCCGUCGAACCGCACCGGGCCGCCGACGCAGGGCAUCAGCAUGGAGAACUUGCCGACGCUGGAGGAGACGUUCGGGAAAAAGACUCCGAAGGCCUCACCGAAGCCGGAGGGUGGGGCGAAGGCCGGCUCCCCCGCCCCCUCGGCGGACGGCGGCCACCACGCGAAGGACAGCAGCCACAGCAAGGCGGCGACGGCGGUGGGGUCGCCGGCGGCGUCUGCGAGCGGAGGUGCCUACAAACCGCCGAGCUCGACCGGCGAGGCGUACAAACCGCCCAGCAGCGACGGCGCCGGUGCCUAUCGUCCUCCGGCAUCGUCGGGAGAGGCGUAUAAGCCCUCUUCGGGUUCGCCGACGAGCGGUGCGGGUGCCUACAAGCCGCCGACGUCUUCUGGGGUAGGUGCCUACAAGCCACCGUCCUCGUCCUCUGGCGCCGGUGCCUACCGCCCUCCGGCAUCGUCAGGGGAGGCGUAUAAGCCCUCUUCGGGUUCGCCGACGAGCGGUGCGGGUGCCUACAAGCCGCCGACGUCUUCUGGGGCGGGUGCGUACAAGCCACCGUCCACGUCCUCUGGGGCGGGUGCGUACAAACCGCCGACGUCCACUGUCGAGACGUCGAGCCCGACGGAGGCGUCGACGGCUGGCAGUGGUAGUGGAAGCACGGGUGCCUAUCGCCCUCCGGCAUCCCCUGGUGCUGGUGCGUACAAGCCUCCGACCUCUACCGGCGCCGGUGCCUACCGUCCUCCGGCAUCGUCGGGGGAGGCGUAUAAGCCCUCCUCGGGUUCGCCGACGAGCGGUUCGGGAGCCUACAAGCCGCCGACGUCCUCUGGGGCGAGUGCGUAUAAGCCGCCAAGCAGCGGUGGCGCGGGUGCCUACAAGCCUCCGUCCAAGCGUGAGGACGCGAGUGCGUAA